AUGCACAAUUUUCUUUCCGAAAUAGGAUACUCUUAUGAUACUCUUUUAGACAAGCUCACUAAGCCAUGCAGCGUUAUAAUCAGAGAGUGUGUGUGGAGAUCUAAAAAGUUUGAAUGCUCAAAAUUAUUUAGAAAAGUUUUCACAAUGAUGGGUUACUGCUGUCAGUUCGAUGUUAGUUAUUUUAGGGAACAAGUAGAAGAUGACUUAAACUUUAACUGUGGCGUCGAAUUAUCAGAAGGAUUGGAUAUGAUCGUGAACACUCAAUCAAUAUCAUACAACGGAAGUGUAGUGGAUAGUUAUCUUAAUAUGUACGUUUCCGAUAAUCAAACUAAACUUAACCUACUGGACCGCCCAAUCGUUUUUACUGAGAAGUAUUUUUUCGACAUCACGUUGGCUGUGUGGGCCAUAGAUUCCUCGGAAGAUGUUAAAAGACUCUCUUUAAAACACCGAAAAUGCUUCUUGUCUGAGGAUACACCUGAAGGGGCGAAUUCUUUUCAAAAUUGCAUAAUGUUCAAUAUAUUGGAAAAUGUAACGGCACAAUGUCGCUGCCUGCCGUUCAAUUAUGAACAUUAUAUACAGAGCGACCUCAAAUACAGAACAUUAGAACAAGGAUGUUACCAGAGAUGUGACCAUGUACAAUAUGAUACCGAGGUAACCUCUCUGAAGAUUGACAGAAACGUCGAUAAUUUACAUCGUGGUGAAAGCCGUGUGAAUGUGCAUUUUUCUGAUAACACAUGCAUGAAGUACCGACGAGAGGUACUCUAUACUUGGGAUCAAAUGCUGGCAAAUUUAGGUGGUAUCUUCGGAUUAUGUCUCGGAGGCUCCAUCGUGAGUAUAAUCGAGUUGAUUUGGUUUUUCUUGGAAAUAUCGCUUAUUGUUAUGAGAUUUAAACAGAAUAAUGUGAACCCUCAGGCGAAUAUCAAAAAUGCGUAUUUAAAAAAAAAUUAG